CGAGAGACUCAGGCCUUCUGACUUUGAUUCUGCUCUUUCACCUCGUUGUGCACCCAAUUAGAGAAACAGGCAAAAAGGAAAGUGAAAAUGACAGCUGGAGCCCGUGAUUUCCUGGAAAAGCCUUUGCUUUUUCAUUUCUGCAGCACUUAACAGAAACCAGUUUUGCAAUCCAUUUCUGUUCAAGAGCCACCCUACUCUUCCUAUCCGUCUUUCUCCAGCCCAGACACUCAUAGCCUCCUGCCAGACCAGGGGAACUCGGAGAGGCAAGGACAGAGGUUCAGGAUCUUCCUCUCCCUCGGGACCCGAGGCCACAAAGGAGAGCUCCGUGGAGAGAAGGUAGUACUGCAUCUCUCCCCAGCCAGAAUACGUGUCAUUUUGAAUACGAAGAGGAUCAGAGACACACGUUUGGACAUCUCAAAAACAAAGACAUCUCCAACCUGCCAAGCCUGAUUGCCCUGGGCAGAACUUCCAACACUAUGUUGAAUAGAAGUGGUGAGAGAGGGCAUCCCCGUCUUGUGCCAGUUUUCAAAGGGAAUGCUUCCAGUUUUUGCCCAUUCAGUAUGAUAUUGGCUGUGGGUUUGUCAUAGAUAGCUCUUAUUAUUUUGAGAUACGUGGCAAGGACCAUCUUGCUGUGUUAUCCCACGGCAGAAGGCAGAAGGCAGAAGGGCAAGAGGGCGUGUGCGAGAGAGGCGAAGGAAGGAGGCUGAACUCUACUACUACCCUCAAUACUCACACCAAUUUACCUUCUUCUGGUCACCAAAAUAUAAAAUCAUUUGACUCCUGGGGACACAGAUUUGGUGCCACAGAGGCUGAUGGACAACCAGGCAGAGGAAGAAAGUGAGGCUGGUGUUGGUUUGCAAAGGGAUGAGGAUGACGCUCCUCUGUGUGAAGACGUGGAGCUACAAGACGGAGAUCUGUCCCCUGAAGAAAAAAUAUUUUUGAGAGACUUUCCCAUAUUGAAAGAAUAUCUAAAAGGGACCAUUGACAAGCUCCGUGCCCUCGCAGACGGUAUUGACAAAACCCACAAGAAAUUCGCCAUAACUAACAUGGUGGCCAACUCUGCUGCUGUCAUCUCUAGAGUGACGAGCCUCCUGGGUUUAGCCCUUGCCCCAGCAACAGGAGCAGGAAGCCUGCUGCUCUCCACCGCUGGUCAAGGUUUGGCAACAGUAGCUGAGGUCACCCGCAUCGUGAGUGGUAUGUUGGAACGCUACAAAAAUAAAAAAGCCCAAGCACAGGCUAAAGACAUACUGCCCACCCGUGACCAAGAGGACAGGGAGGAUGAGGAAGAUAAGGCACACUAUGUCACAGCUGCUAGAGAGAUUAUCGAUAAUGUUGGAAACACCAUGAAGUAUACCAAGGAAAACAUCCGUGCAUUUCAGAAACUCAGAGCCAACCCACGCUUGGCCAAUGAUGCCAAGCGUCUUCUGACCACUGGCCAAGUCUCCUCCCGGAGCAGGGCGCAGGUGCAAAAGGCCUUUGCGGGAACAACACUGGCGAUGACCAAAAAAGCUCUCAUAUGGGAAGGUGUGAUGUCCGUCUUCUUCCUUGGCCGUGACUUGGCCUCUCUCUCAAAGGAAUUGACGCACCUGAAGGAAGGAACAAGGACAAAGUUUGCAGAAGAGUUGAGAGCCAAGGCCUCGGAGCUGGAGAGGAAACUCACAGAACUCACCCAGCUUUACGAGAGCUUGUUGCAGAAAGUGAGGUCAAGGGCCGGAGGGGUGGGGAAGGUCAAGGCUUACUGGAAGGGGUUAAGGGAGCAUGUGUGGAUGUGGGUGUGGCUGUGUGUGUGUUUGUGUGUCUGUGCGUACGUACAGUUUACAUGAAUGUUCCUCAGGACAUGGCAUACAAGGCCUUGGAGGUCCAAAUAAUACCAAGUACAUCUUGGAGAUGAGGGUGCCUGUCCUGGACAGACCUGGGCAUGCCUUCUGUUUCUCCUUCAAUGCUCCUUAAGGCCUAUGUGCUGGGAAAAGGGUCUUCCCUGUUUGUUUGUUUGUUUGUUUGUUUGUUUUGAGACAGGGUCUCUGUUGCCCAGGCUGGAGUGCAGUGGCGUAAUUUUGGCUCACUGCAACCUCUGCCUCCUGAGUGCAAGCAAGUCUCCUGCCUCAGCCUCCCAAGUAGCUGGGAUUGCAGGCACGCACCACCACACCCAGCUAAUUUUGGUAUUUUUAGUAGAGACAGGGUUUCACCAUUUUGGUCAGGCUGGUCUCGAAUUCUUGACCUCGAGUGAUCCACCCACCUUGGCCUCCCAAAGUGCUAGGAUUACAAGCAUGAGCUACCCUGCCCAGCCGGGUCUUCCCAGUUUUAACAAAGAGGUCACUGAGCAACAGGGGGAGUUAGGAACUAAAUUGUCUCCUCCUCCAAAUUCAUAUGUUGAAGUCCUAAACCAAAAUGUGGCUGUAUUUAGAGAUGGACCCAUUGGGAGGUAAUUAGGGUUGAAUGAGGCCAUAGGGUGAGGUCCUAACCCGAUGGAAUUGACUUUCUUAUAAGAGGAGGAGGAAAUACAAGAGGGCCUCCCCACCCCUGCUGCACACCUGCACUGAAGGAAGUCUAUUUGCAGAUGCAGCAAGAAGGCAGCCGUCUGCAAGGCAGAAGAAGAGAGCCCUCACCAGGAACUGAAUGAGUCAGUCAGUCUGGGACUUCCAGCCUCUAGAACUGUGAAACAAUAAAUUUCUGUGGUGUAAGCAGCUCAAUCUAUAGUAGUUUGUUACUAUUUUGUUAUAGCAACCGAAGAUGGCUAAGCCAGGCAGGUUAUGUCACUCGCCAAGUGUCUUAGUCUGUUUGUGCUGCUAUAACAAAAUACCUUAGACUGGUUAAUUUACAAACAACAGAGAUGUAUCCAGAGAUCCACAGUUCUGGAGGCUGGGAAGUCUAAAAUCAAGGCACCAGCAGAUUCCACAUCUCAUGAAGGCUCACUCUCUGCUUCACAGAUGGCACUGUCUUGCUGUGUUCUCACAUGGCAGAAGGGGCAAACAAGCCCCCCUGGGCCUCUUUUAUAAAGGCACUAAUUCUAUGCCUAAAGGCAGGGUCCUCAUGACUCUAUUACCUACCAAAAGGCUCCACUUCUUUAAACUAUUGGAGGGGGUAGAAGGAACUUCCUUUCUAGACCUUGAAGGUUUAAGAAUUUGAAUCUAUAAAACAAGCUGACAAUAGACAGAUUAACAGGAGAAAAGGCAUAUAUAUUUUUUAAUGUGGGCCAGAGAGCGGAAGCUUAAAUAGCACCCCAAGCUACAGGAAGUAAGGCCUCUGAUGGGGAGGUAGUGACACAGGCUGUGGGAGGGGGUAGGGGGAGGAAGUGUGUGGUGAGCAAAGUUUGUCUUAUUACACUGAUAAAGUGUAAUUACACUAAUAAAGAUGGAUCACCUGAGGUUAGGAGUUUGAGAACAGCCUGGCCAACAUGGCAAAACCCUGUCUCUACUAUAAAUACAAAAAUUAGCCAGGUGUAGUGGCAGGGUACUUGUAAUCUCAUCUACUCAGGAGGCUGAGGCAGGAGAAUCGCUUGAACCCAGGCUGUAAAGGUUGCAGUGAGCCAAGAUCGUGCCACUGCACUCCAGUCUGGGUGACAGAAUGAGACUCCAUCUCAAAAAAAUAAAUAAAUAAAUAAAAGAAGAAGAAGAAUACAGUCAUGUGUCUCUUGGUGACAGGGAUACAUUCUGAUAAAUGUGUCAUUAGGCAAUUGCAUUGUGGUGUGAUUAUCACAGAGUGUACUUAUACAAAACUUUGAUGGCAUAGCCUACUGCAUACCUAGGCUAUAUGGGAGAUCCUAUUGCUCCCAGGCUACACACCUGUACAGCAUGUGACUGCUGAAUACUAUAGGCAAUUGCAGCACAAUGGGAAAUAUUUGUGUAUCUAAACAUAUGUAAACAGAGUAAAAAGAAAGUAAAAAUAUGGCAUAACAGAUAAGAAUUGGCUCUUCUGUACAGGGCACUUACUAUGAAUGGAGCUUGCAGGGCUGAGAGUUGCUUCAGAUGAGUCAGCGAGUGGAGUGAAUGUGAAGGCCUAGGACAUUACGGUAUACUACCGUAGGCUUUAUAAACACAGCACACUUAGGGUACACAAAAUGCAUAUUAAAACAUUUUCUUCCUUCAGUAUAUUAGGCAAUAGGAAUUUUUCAAGUCCACUAUAAUCUUAUCAAACCAUGGUUGUAUAUGCAGUGGACCGAAACAUUGUUAUUGGACACAUAAUUAUAGUUGAAAGAAUAAGCAAAAAGCCUAUCUAGGUGUGGUGUCUUGAGCAACUUUUAAUUAUUCUCCUGUCCUGCAAUAUGAGUUAAUCUUCUCUGAUUGAUGUAGAUUCCAGGAAUGGGUGUCCAGGACAAUUGCCUUCCUUCUGGAGAAACUUCCCUUAAUCAAAUAAGAGAACUUCAAAGAAAAUCCCUCCCUGUGCUUUGGAAGGGAAGGGAAGUGGGCAGCAGUGGGUCAGAGACAGACCUUUGUUCUCUUAUUUCUGAGGCCCUUCAGUCUCCUUUAUUCAAAGCACUCAGCAUGCCAAAGCACCCUAUUUUAGGGUAUCUUUUUCUGAGCCCUAAACACUAUCACAUUGGGGAUGUCAACUGUGAAAGGAAAAUAUCUUGGGGACUAAGAAUCUCUAAGGAAAACUCAAGCUUAGGGAAACUUCUUAGGGCAAACCCACCUCCCACUCUUCAAAGUUAUCCCUCUGCUCACUGAGAUAGAUACAUAUCUGAUUGCCUCCUUUGGAAAGGCUAAUCGGAAACUCAAAAGAAUACAACUGUUUGUGUCUCACUUAUCUGUGACCUGGAAGCUCUCUCCCCACUGAACCAAUGUUCUUCUUACAUGUAUAGAUUAAUGUCUUAUGUCUCCCUAAAAAUGUAUAAAACCAAGUUAUGCCCCGACCAUCUUGGCCACACGUCAUCAGUACUUCCUGAGUCUGUGUCACAGGUGUGUCCUCAACCUUGGCAAGAUAAACUUUCUAAAUUAACUGAGACCUAUCUCAGAUUUUCUGGGUUCACAUUUUGGAAACCAUAAAUGGAUUCUGGGUGGAGAUGCCCCUAACCCUCGACAAAUCUAUCGGUGCUUGGUACCAGCAUGAGCUAACUUUAUGGCUCAAACCAAUAGGACAAUUUGCUGAGGUCUGAGAGGGCUCCUUCCAGAAAAAUCCCUAAUCCAAGAUGUGUGUUUUGUGCAUGUUUGCAUUUGAAAGGCCUUCGUGUUUUUGUUUCAUGUUUGUUUCUCUCUCCUAAGACCUUGUCUUUUUUUUGUAGCAAAAGUUUUUUUUUUUUUUUCCUUUUACUUCUCAGUUGACUGAAUUCUGUUUUCACCGGAUUUUUUGACUAAAAUAGCUAUUGCAACAGAGGCUACUCUUGGGUUAAGGAAGAAUGUAGUUUAGUUUUAUGCUUAAUAUGGCUCAAAGAAAAAUAAAAGCAUCUCCCUCUAACACCACCAGACUUUUUCUCUCUGUACCUUAUCAUGUAAAUUUUGCUAUUUGAUUUUCACCUGGGUUGUUUCCUUUAAUGUGCAAAAAUUUAAGGCUAUUUAGCUGACAACUGCCUAGGGUUGUAAAACAGGUUAUCAAGAAUCUGAAAGUCUAAGAUAGGAAAAAAAAAAGGGGGGGGUGGCAUUAUAAAUCUAUAAAAUGUACUUCUAUUGGCAUGCCUAAUAUGUCUUUAUAUGUUUGUCUGUGUUGGGUACACAAUGUUUUAGUGCUAAAAAUAUAAAAGAACUCUACUUGGCUUAAAGAAAAAUAAAAGUGCUUAAAUCAGAUACUAAAAAAGAAAAGGCUAGUCAAAUGCUUUUUCAAGUUUAUGUAACUUAAGUAAAAUCUUUAAUAAAUAAGGUAGCUUUAAAAUUAUGGGUAAAGUAAUAUUAGAAAUGUCUUCAGAAUUGCCAGCAUACAUUUUUGUUUGCAUUAUAUUAAUCAAACAGUUUUAUUCUUAUCCCUGCCAAAUACCAUAGGUGUCAAAACUUGGCACAGGGGUUACAAAACUAUAAACCCAGCCCAAAACAGAAUGAUCUUUGCUUGUGUAAUUUUUAAUAAAUAAGACAUUGAUAUGGGUUUAAUGAAAAUAGCUGCAUCUUGAAUUUAGUAAGAUUACCAUGACUUCUAAUCCUGUGGCUUUAGGCAGUUUAGUCCACAGACAAUAAGGAGGUUUGUUUUGGGAAAGGAUUGCUACUGUCAUUGUUUCAAAGCUGAACUUAAACUAGGCUCCUUCCAAAGGUCAUUCGGCCAAAGGUCAUUCGGCCAAAGGUCAUUCGGCCCAGGAAUGAACAAGGACAGCUUGAAAGUUAACAGCAAGGUGGAAUCAGUUAGGUCGAAUCGUUUUUCACUGUCUCAGUUGUAAUUUUGCAAUGGAAGUUUCAUAACUUUAAAUCAUGACUAUCACAGUUUUUAUAAAUAAUCUAGGUAAAUAAUUAAAAUAAAAUAACUAGGUAAAUGUAAUGGGAUACAUACUUAUAGACCAACUGGACAUAAUUUAGAAUAUAAAGUCAUAUUAAAUUAAAUAAUAGAUAAUUUAUUAUUUGGGUAUUUUCCAAUAAAUAUAUCUGGAAGGAAAACAUUCUUGCUUAAUAAAAAGUGUGUCCUUUUUUUAAAAAAAGGUGAACAAGUUUUGUCUAAUUCAAAACUUAUUAAAAGGUUAUGUAUAAAACAAGGUAAAAGGAACCAGAAAAGAAAAAAAUAUGUAAAUAAAGUUAUAAAAAUAAAGAAUUUUUUCAAGGUUAAAAAGCUUAAAAAGAAAUAAUUUUACAUAAGAAAGAAUCUUAUAUGGUAAAUUUAGUCCUAAAAUAAAAUAACUGGUUGUUUAACAAGGAAUGAUGUUCAGGACAAACCAGAAAGUCCAAGCACGUCAUGAACAUUGGUGUAAGUCAUGAUAAGAUUUUAUAUAUAUACACACACACACAGACACACACACACACACCAAAAGCUUUUAUAUAAUCAAGUUGUCAUAUUAUUAUUAAGUUUUGGUUUGCUUAGGGAAGAAAAAGCUAAUUUUUUUUAAAUCAAGGUUAUUACAUCCAUGUAUCUUCCUGUAUAUGCUUUUAAAGUCCUUGUGACAUUGAGUUACAGGGCUUUAACUCCUGUGUCUGAAAAAUCACAAACACUGAUGGCAAUCAAAGCCUCAUCUUAAGGCCCUGUAGAAGAUGCCACUCAAAAUAAACUGCAUUCCUGAGGCACUAGGCAAGAAAUUAAAGCUAUUCAACUCCUCAAGGCCCAGGGACUAUCGCGGAAGAGGUGGGCGCGUAAGACUGUAAGGGCUGAUUUGGAAAGAUACAAUAAGUUCAGUUUCUAUAUGAACUAAUCAUUAAAGUCAAAGGCACACUGAUGCAAAAUCAGUAUAUGGACCCCUGUGUCUGAUUAGAAAGUUUUCUUGAAGCAUUAACCAACUCCUUAAUAAAAGUUAUAAAAGGCUUAUGGAAGUUAUAUUUUAUAAUCAAGAUUAAAUCUUAUAGAUUGUUUAUAAAAUUUUGAAAAUCAAAUGUAAUUGGCUUUAUUAGGGCUUCUUGUUUAGAAAAUUAAGUCUCCUCUCUCAAAGAAUGAAGGUUUUUGCUUUUUUUGAAAUCCUUGAAUUAUCACUUGGAUUAAAUAAAUGACUUUACAAUGACCUGUAAUUUUAUUUUGUAAUAUCAAGUGUUUUAAACCUUUUGUAUUUGACAAACGUUCCAAAAUCAAAUUAUAAAUUAUGUAUUUUUCUAACCUAAUUAAUCCUUUAAGAUAUUAGGUUCCCUAAAGUCCAAAAAUGACAUAAUUUGGCUUAUUUGGUAUAAAAAUUAUACAGGAAGCAUUGUCAAAUGUGAAAUGGUGUUUGGUUUUCUUUGGGCUGUAUUUGUAUAAAUAUGUUAUUGGUAUAUGUUCCAAAAUUAUGUGAAACUCCUAUGAUUCUGAUAUAACUUAGUGUACAUUAUUAGUAAUAAUCAUAAUUGUUAUAUUAAAAUUAUUGUGUGUCACAGAGGUAACAAAUUUCCUUGUCAGUUUUGUCUGUUGACUAUGGCUGCCUUAAAACUUUUUUCAUCCUUGCACAAUUGUUGUUUUGGUCCUCUUUUUUAAAUAUAUUUUUAUUAUUAUUUUUGAGAUGGGGACUCACUCUGUUGCCCAGGCUGGAGUGCAGUGGCAUGAUCUUGGCUCACUGCAACUGUCACCUCCCAGGUUCAAACGAUUCUUCUGCCUCAGCCUCCUGAGUAGCUGGGAUUACAGGCAUGCCCCACCAUGCCCAGCUAAUUUUUUUUGUAUUUUUAGUAGAGAUGGGGUUUCACCAUGUUGGCCAGGCUGGUCUUGAACUCCUCACCUCAGAUGAUCAGCCCACCUCGGCUUCUCAAAGUGCUGGGAUUAUAGGUGUGAGUCACACACCUGGCCUGUUUUGGUCCUCUUUAGAAGGUGGUUUUAUAAUCAUCUGUAAAACUCCAACAGGUACUCUUACAUGCAAGUUUCUGAUAACUUUGGAGAUUGUGACAUCAGAAUAGAGGGAAAAGUUUCAGGACUCAUGGAGAGCUAAAAUGUUCAUGAGUAUCAAGCAGAACAGGAAUUAACUGCAUAGACUGAACCAAUCUUUUUGACUUUUUGCUUAAAAUGUUUGCUGAUCCUUUGUUUUGUGUUUCAGUCUUAAAACUUUUCUUUUGAGCUAUUGACAGCUUUUAACAAUUUAGUAUACUCCUAUGACAAAAUUUGGAGCAUAUUUGUUUCUCUCUACCUGAUUUCUCCAGAAUUCGGAAACUAUUUGUAAGUAUUCUUAACUUAUGGUGAUACAGUUAUUUGCAUAAGUGCAGUAAGAAUCUGUUCUCAUUUUUAACAGGACACAAUGGGAGAAAUUGGUUGUUUUACUAAAACUUUGACUGGAAUGGUGUGCUUUUCUUUAAGGAAUCAAAUUUGACUUGUGGAACCAAUAAAGUCCUUGGAAAAACUGG